AUGAACUCCGUACAGAAUAUCUUCUUUGGCAUUCGCGAAGUGCCCUGGUUUGAGGCUGCCGGAGACUUUUUGGUCUACAAAUGCCCUACAUGGAGCUGGGAGGGCGGUGAACCCAGCAAACGCCGUGACUAUUUGCUUCCCGACAAGCAAUUCUUGAUCACUCGCAACGUGCCUUGCUUGCGUCGUGUCAAGCAGAUGGAGUACACGGACGAGGAUGCAGAGACUCACAUCGAGGCUGACGGCGGAGAUUCCUGGGUCAUGUCCCACAGCUCUCGUGGCGCAGGCGGACCAAUUGAGGAGAUUGCAGGAAGCAUGGACGAGGACGAGGACGAGGAAGCAGAGGCCGAGGCCGAGGCCCAAGCCGCCAUCAAGGCCAUGGAGCGCUUGAAGCUGCAGGAUCAGUUGCAGGCUGCCGCAGAAGAAGACGAGGACGACGAGGAUAUUCCUGAUAUGGAUGAUAUCCCUGACAUGGACGACUAUGAUGACAUGGAGGAGGAGGCUGAUCCUGCGACUCUUGCACCUGCAGCACCUACUGCUGUCGACCCUGGUGACAAGAUCUUGAGCGUGCGCACCUACGAUGUGUUUAUUACCUACGACAAGUAUUACCAAACCCCGAGAAUGUGGCUCUUUGGCUAUGACGAGCACCGACGACCCCUCGUGUCGUCCCAAAUUUUUGAGGAUGUCUCGCAGGACUAUGCCAAGAAGACUGUCACCAUCGAGAGCCACCCACAUCUCAACAUGUCCCUUGCCAGCAUCCACCCUUGCCGGCACGGAGCCGUCAUGAAGAAGAUCAUCGAGAAGGUGGCGAACGAUGAGGGCAAGGAAGAGCCCGUCAGAGUCGAUCAGUAUCUCAUCAUUUUCUUGAAGUUCAUGUCCUCGGUGGUGCCCACUAUCGACUACGACAAUACCAUCUCUGCCUAA